AUGACAGGUGCUGGAAAGCCAUCAGAGGCGGACGAAGUACUGGAGUUUUUAGAUUCGUUGCCCGAUGGGGCCGGGAAGAAGGGCGGACAGACGGGCACGCCGAAUGCAGAGGGCAAUGAGGACAUACUGGAGUUUCUUGACGAACUUGAACAAAGCAACCUGAAGGUGGAUGCAAAGAAGCCUGCGGGUGCGGCCGUAGGCGUUCAGAAAACGGUAAAGGCCGCCGGAGACACAAAGGGGGCCGCGGCAACAGGAAAGGCCGCCGCGGGGGUGCAAAAGGCGGCCGGGGACUCUGCAGAAGCCGCGCCGCUGCGCGCGGGGCAGCCUGAGAAACAGGAGGUAGCGGAGGAGCUGCACGACCCGAUCAAGUCGUUGUCGAAUUGGUGGUCCUCCAGCGGCCAGGCUACUGUAUCGAGCAUCUGGUCGAAAACGACGGAGCGCGCGACGCAGUUGAAGGACCGCAUCACGUUGGAACAGCAGGAUUUGACAACAAAGCUAAACACCAACCCCAUUGCGUCGAAGCUGUCGAAUGCCACCAUGCUUUCCGAACUGACCUCGCAGUUGACGAAGUUUGUCGUAGGCGAAACAGAAGAGGUGCUGCGCAUCCACUUAGUCCACGACUUGGUCAACUUCCACGAUCUAUCCUACGAGGUUGAGUCGCAGUUCCACGAUGUUCUCAGCUCUCAGGUUCAGGGCGGGAUUCGCAUCUUUGUCGACCAGUGGGAUCGGCCAAACGAAUCUGCCGCAGAGGGGCCGGCAGGUAACAUCCACGGGCUGAACAUGUUCCAGGGGAAGCCGACCGAAGGAGACAAGCUGUGCCGCGCAAACCUUGACAAUGCCAUGAAGCUAUUCCAGAAGGCGAUGGAGGAGUCGAGACGCCAGCGUCGCGAGCGCGACAUUGAGGCUGCUGCAGAUGAGGAGAGCAGAAUCAGCGAUGUGUUUAUCGGCAUUCUUGCUGUUGGACAGCCCCAGAAAGGCGACGAGGGGGCAGUAGUGGACUCGACGCAUGUCGGGAGUUUUAGCUUCACCAUCCACCUGGAAGACAUGUCCAAUGGCGUGUCGCUUCUUGUCCGCUCGCAGGGGUUCCCGAUUAGAUGGGCGGGCUGGCUCGAGGGAAAGUCGGACCUGAAGAAGAAGGAAGACGAGAAACCCCUCGAGGGUGAAAUAGACCCGAGCGAAUGGGUUAAGGACUGGAUCGACAAAGGGCUCGCGCUCUCCAUCGGGGUCCUCGCGCAGAAUUACGUAAUCGAGAGGAUGGGCGUCUGA